AUGGCUAAACAGGAUAACCCCCUUGACGUGGUUAUCAUUGGUGCGGGACUCGCCGGACUUCUAGCCGCACGAGUACUACGCGAAAAACAUAACGUUAAAGUAUACGAGCGGUCAUCUACGCCAAUUGAAGUCGGUGCCGCUAUUAAUAUCGGUCCAAAUGGUGUUCGGAUCCUCGACACCCUUGGUUUCGACCGUUCAAGAGCUGGAUCGCUUCCUGUUGGGGCUACCAAGGUCUUCACCAAGGACGGCCAUCUGCAAUUGGAUGAGAAAAAUAGUUAUGUGGAGAAAUACGGCGCUGACUGGCUUUUCCAACAUCGGGCGGAUCUCAGAGGCGAGUUUCUGCGGUUGGCGACUGAAGAUACUGGCAUUUCUGGAAUACCAGGGAGACCGGCUGAGGUGCUUUGGGAUCAGAAGGUCAUCGACAUCGAUCCAGAUGAGGGCCGAAUCACUCUUGCAUCUGGUGAACAGGUCAAAGCAGAUAUCUUAAUUGCUGCGGAUGGCAUUAAGUCCAUGGUGAGGCCAUAUGUGGUUGGUGAUGCUGCGUUCCAGACAGCGAGGCCAUCUGGCUUAUCAGCCUUUCGUUUCACGUUAGAGGUUGAUGAUAUCAAAGCUGCUCUAAAGCGAUUGCCACAGAUUUUACAAGCCGAUCAGCCUACAUGCUUGUCUAUGGUGUACUCUUUCGACAGCACCAUGCGAUCUGUUGUCAUGUAUCCCUGCCGGAACUUUGAACUUCUCAACUUUGUGUGCAUAGUUCCAGAUAGCAGCCUCAAGGAGAAGACAACAGAAUCUUGGACGGCCUCUGGGGAUAAGGAAGAGCUUAUAAUCGCAAAGAAUAUUAAACUCUGGCAGCUUCGAGACCAGGACCCGUUACCAACUUACAUUCGCGGUCGGACAGUUCUGAUUGGCGAUGCGGCCCAUGCCAUGACGCCUCACCAAGGACAGGGCGGAACACAGGCCGUUGAAGACGCAGAGGGCUUCAGACUGUUUCUUCAGAAUGAUGUUACUAGCGAGCAUGUUACUGAGCUGUUGAAAGACUUUGAUUCCGUCCGCAGACCACGCGCAAGCCAAAUCCAGAACAAUACCAGAAAGGCCAAGAACAAAAGGACUGCGGAGGAGGUUUAUAUGUUUGAGAAGAUAAAUUGGACCUACGGUGGAAUCAUGAAAAAGCUCAAGGCUGUGAAAGAAAGAGGCAACAACUACUAA